AUGGAUAAGCUCAUUUUCCCAAAUGCUACUUUUGCCGUCACGGAAGUACUCUUUAAUGCGGUAGAUGUGAUUAAAGGAGUAUUUCUGAGGCCAUCUGGCUCCUCUAAGACCUUGAAGGAGACGGUGGUAUGCGGAGAUUUGUUUCAUGCAAAUGUCAAGAUCGAUCUAAUUAAGCCUUUAUCUAUGACUUGUCAUGCCUGCGCUGUGGACGAAUUCGAAUAUGAUUUUACCAGUACGAACCCGUUCAACUGGGACCUUCAACCAUUUUCCGUGGAUGGUAGUGGACCCUCAGGAUCUGCACCUUCCAUCAACUAUAUCGGUGGUGGUAAGGAGUAUACUACCAACUCUGAAAAGGCACAUCACGUGAGCCAUCGUGCGGCCACUGUGGCUGAGAUAUUUGAUGAUAGUGCGGAAGAACCGGAGGAAGAAGAGAAAGACGAUGACAGCAAAGAGAAACAUAAACAGGAACCUUAUUCAUAUGUGUCUUGCUCUUCUGUGUCUUGCUCUUCUGAUGUCCCCUCUCUUCGAGACUACGAGUCUGAUGAGUAUGUUCUUGAUGAAGAGAUGAAGAUGCAUUUAGAGACUAACGAAUGUCCUGCUAUGGUGACCAAGUACAAAUGA